AUGGUAGCUUUAGAUUAUUUGUCAGUUUUCUUGAUUUUCUAUCUCUUGGUUAUGUUUAAUUCAGCUGAAGCUCCGAAUCAAACCCAAAAUAAUAGUAGUAGCUGCCUCAAUGAAUUCAAGUGUGGGAGUCUUGGUAAUGUGAGUUUUCCUUUUUCUGUAUCUUCACAACCUGCUUGUGGAUUGUACACUAUAGAUUGUGAUGUUACUCCCAAUCCAACAAUUCGUCUCGGAGAAAAUGUUUAUAGUGUUCUGGAAAAACGGUUAUUAGAUGGUUUUCGAGUUUUAGACCAUGGGCUUGAGGACUUAUUGGCAAAAAACAGUUGUCAAUCUUUCGAUAGAAGUAUAUCAUUUCCAAGUUCUCCUUAUAUCUCUUUCAGAAGCAACAAACGCAAUGUUACCUUGUUCAGAUGCAACAACAGUCGAGAUAUUGAUAGGAACAUGAAUGAUCAUUAUUUUUGCGAAUAUCAGAACUAUACUAAAUGUAGUGGCUUCAGCUUAUACUACAAGAAUCCAAAUAGAGAACAGGAAGGUUCCUCGGAUGCACCAGAGAGAGAUAUUCCGAAGAACUGUUCAAUGAUUCAAUUGCCAAUUACAUGGAAGUCACCGUCAAAAGGUCAGAAUAGUAGCUUGUUUGAUCUCUUAACUGCGAAUUAUUCAAUUCAGUGGAGCCUGUCUGAUGAUUGUAGUAAUUGUUACUAUGGAGGAGGUCAAUGUUUAACUGACAGCAAUAACAAAUUUCUUUGUUCCACCACUCCCAAAGCUGCAGCAAAAAGAAAGUCGAAACGAAUUUUAGUUGCAGCAGCAGUUACUUCUUCUAUUGGAGGAAUUGCAAUACUAACAAAAGGAGAGGAUUACAGAAAUGUAAAAGCCUUCUUGAAGAACCAUGGAUCACUCGCGCCAAGGAAGUACUGUUAUUCUGAAGUUAAAAAGAUGACUGAGUAUUUCAAAAACAAACUUGGUCAAGGAGGCUAUGGUUCCGUGUAUAAGGGAAAGUUGCAUACCGGAAGUCUUGUGGCAGUCAAGGUCUUGAAGGAAUCGAAGGGCGGGGGAGAAGAGUUUAUCAAUGAGGUAGCAAGUAUCAGUAGGACUUCUCAUAUUAAUAUUGUAUCACUUGUGGGAUUUUGUUUUGAGGGUCAACACAGAGCUCUCAUUUAUGAUUUCAUGCCCAAUGGGUCCCUUGAGAAGUUCAUUUACGAUGCAAAAUGUGGUACAAAUCGUCAACUAGGUUGGCAAACAUUGUACGAUAUUUCACUUGGCAUUGCUAGAGGAUUGGAGUAUCUGCAUCGCGGUUGCAAUACUAGAAUCCUUCAUUUUGAUAUAAAGCCUCACAACAUUCUUCUUGAUGAAGACUUUUGUCCAAAAAUAUCCGAUUUUGGCCUUGCAAAACUAUGUAACAAUAAGGAAAGCAUUGUGUCUUUAUUGGGUGCAAGAGGGACUAUUGGCUACAUUGCACCAGAAAUUGUGUGUAAAAACAUUGGAGGAAUUUCUCACAAGUCAGAUGUGUACAGCUAUGGUAUGACGGUACUCGAGAUGGUUGGAGGAAGGAAAAAUGUUGACGUUGUCGUUGAUCGUACCACUGAAAUAUACUUUCCACACUGCAUUUACAAACUGAAAGAGCUUGGAUUAACUGGUAUUGUGGUGGAAGAGGAUAAAAAACUUGCAGAAAAGAUGAUACUGGUGAGCCUGUGGUGCAUCCAAACCGAUCCGUCCAGCAGGCCUUGUAUCAGUAUGGUCAUAGAGAUGUUACAAGGUGAACUCGAAUCUUUGCAAAUGCCUCCGAAGCCUUUCUUGUAUUCUUCUUCAGUGUCAGACAGUGACAUGCCUACUACCACCUAUAUGAUUCAAGACUCGAAAGAUCAAGUUUGA